UCACUAAUCAAUCUUCGCACUCGGCUAAAAAGUCACUUGUCAGUUAUCUUUUAAGUUAUUGAAUGAAUAUAAGAAUCGAGAGAUUUUUAUUUUUGUUACGUUUUGUGUAAACGUGGAAAAUAUAGGAUGAAUAUAGGAUUAUACAAUGGAAUCACUAAAAUAUAGUUAUGUAUCUAAAAAUAAAUAAUGCGAUAAUAAACAAUUGUUUCCGCUAUGGAUAGCUGCGUUAGUGAUAUUAUUGUGGAGUUUUUAGGAGUUGCUUUUCACAACAUUUUAUAUUAUGCCUCCGUAUAUCCUCGAAGUAUUUUUGAAACAAGAAAGAAAUAUAGUGUCGUAGUGUACAGGUCUGUGCACCCAGAAGUAAAUGAAUAUAUUGAUUUAUGUUUGAAAAGCGCUGCGGAGUGUUUAAAAAGUGGACAGCUAAAGCGUGUCGAGUUUGUGAUUACAACUAAUGAAUAUGAAUCUUUGAUGAAAUUUGUUUUCGACCUAGAUAACAAUGAUUUCUUUGAUGAAACCUGCGACGCUUAUUUAGUGCAAGCAGAGCAAAGUAUGCGAGCUUUUUGUUUAAAUUUAACAACACUGUGUGAUAAGUUUAAAAGUCUUCCUGAAGAUAGAAGUUUUAUCAUACUUUUAUACACAAAUGAAUCUGCGGCAGUUGCUAUGGCAACUAAUCCAGAUUUAGAAGAAUUUCCAAUGAUUGAAAUUAAUCAAAUCGUUGAAUUUGAAAAAAUACUACCAAUUAGGAGGUUUGGGCUAAGAAACAUGAGUGUUGAUAUAUAUGUGGAAAUUAGAUGAAUGUAACAUUAAGGGAGAAAUAGUAUAUUUUAUAUUCUUAUUAACAAAAUAAAUUAUUUAAUGUGUCAUCGAAAA